UUGAGAUUCCGUUAUUGCCCACCAAAAAUGAAGAUUGAAGUGGAAGUACUUUCCCAAGAAAUGAUCAAACCCUCUGUCCCAACCCCUGACCACCUUCGUAAUUACCAACUCUCUUUUCUUGAUCAGAUUCAGCCGCCAAUUUUCAUGCCUUUGGUUAUGUUCUAUCCCGAAGAACAUGAUGGUGUUAGCAACUUGGAACGAUGUAACAGGAUAAAAAGAGCUUUAUCCGAGGCUUUGUCUGUGUACUACCCGCUAGCAGGGCGGAUUAAGGACAACGCCUUUAUUAAUUGCAACGACGAGGGUGUUCUCUUUGUGGAAGCCAAGGCUAGUUGCCACCUUUCUGAUAUUCUUGAAGAUCCAAAUCCAAAUAACAACAACAAGUUCAUUCCUCUUGAGCUUGAUGAUGCCAAUGAGUUACCCGCUAUAGCACAAGUCACCUACCUUGAGUGUGGAGGUUUAGUAGUUUUCCUUGGGAUGUCACACAAGGUUGGUGAUGCCUUAUCAUUUUUCACGGUCAUUGACUGCUGGGCAGCUUUUGCUCGUGGUGACACUGAUAUAAUAAGUCCUAAGUUCGAUUCUGCUACCAUUUUCCCACCAAGGGAUAUAUCUGGGUUCCAGCCGAGGACUGGGAUUACAAAGGACAAUUUAGUGAACAGAAGAUUUGUCUUCGAUGCUCCAACAAUAGCAGCUAUCAGAGACAUGUUCACAGACAAAAAUAGCAUCGACGCCAGGCGCCCAACUCGUGUUGAAGCCUUAUCUGCCUUUAUAUGGAGCCGCUUUAUGGCUGCCACUCAAGAAAAAGUAGACCAAGGAAAGAUCUACACAGUGAUUCAUGCUAUGAACUUGCGUACAAGGAUGGACCCGCCGCUUCCAAAUCACCAUUUUGGGAAUAUCAGCAGGCCAGCGAUUGCAGUGCCAUCAAUGGAUAAGAAAGAUGAAUUUUAUGACAUUCUUAACCAGAUGAGAGAAGCAAUUAGGAAUGUGAAUGCCGAGUAUGUGAAGCAGCUUCAAAGCACUGAUGGGCACUUGAAUUUCAUCAAAAGCAGGGCUGCAAGUUUCAUGAAGGGAGAGGUGGUCACCUUUAGCUUCACCAGUUUGUGCAGGCUUCCUGUGUAUGUAGCUGACUUUGGGUGGGGAAAGCCCGUUUGGCUUGGCUCUGCUAGCUUGACUUUCAAGAAUCUCUGUUCUCUCUUUGACACCAAAUAUGGAGAUGGAAUUGAGGCAUGGAUCAACUUGAAACAGGAAGACAUGGCUAAACUUGAAGCUGACAAGGAGUUCCUUUCGUAUGUUUCUUCAACUUCUAAAGUCAAAAUUUCUGACUUUUAGCUCUAGGAAAAGCUAUUCAAAAGUGGCAUCCUGGUUUCUGGCACUGAAAUCUGAAAAUCCAAUGGACCAAACGAAAAACAAAAGUUCAUAGCACCAGUUUAGUUUAUCGUUUCUUUCUUUGUAAGUGUGAAAAAAGCGUUUAUUGUAUUUCUUUAACUUUCUAGUCCGUUUCGUAAUUAAGUAUAGCUAGCAAGGUUUGUUUAUAAAUAAAAAAUCUUUGUCUUCUUUUUCGAUCAAUGUCAAUCAUGAGAAUCCCAACUAAAUUAACAACUGAAACGUUAUUAUAU